AUGGAAAUGCUCGGUGACAUUACAAACAUCAGGUCCUCCAGAGUGCUGAGUAGGAUUGUGGAGGAAGUCUGGCAGUCCCUGUCUGAGCCACUAAGAGGGUGCGCUAAGAAUCCCGCUGCCCAGUGGAAGGAUGACGUCAUGUACAUUUUUCCCUCUCUGAGCGUCUGUCCCGCUGCUGAGGACUGGCAGGAGGAGAGUGGUUUUCUUCUCACCAUGAAAACACCAGUGCUGGGUACUUUCAGCUCCUGUGGGAAGAAGCAGCUCUACUACAACUGUGUGAAGGUGCUGAACCUUCGCUCUCUGGCUGGAGUGAAGGAGUCAAAAUGGUGUGAGGAGGACGAUCAGAAUCAGAUGGCAGCUCUGUGUGAGAGCGUGUUGGCAGUCAACAUGUUACUGAGCAUCUUUUUUCUUCCAGAUUCUCCUUGGAGUCCCAGCAUUAACAUCCCUGCUGAUCUGAAGGAGCAUCAGUCUGUCACUAUCAGCUGCUCAGCUUUGACUCCCUGUCCACACUCACCUCCUGAACUCACCUGGAAUCUCCAACAAGACUCUCACAGACAAACAGAGAAAAACACAGAGGGAACCUUUACAACUAAAAUCCAGGAGACCAUCACUCUGUCAGACACACAUGAUGGAUACAACAUCAGCUGUUCUGCCACAUAUCCUGUGAAUGGAGGAAACAAGACAGCAGAGACAGAAGUGACUCUCAGUGUUUCAUAUGCUCCUAGAGACACCUCAGCAUCUAUCAGUCCAUCAGGUUUGGUGUCAGCAGGUAGCUGGGUGGAGCUGAGCUGCUCCAGCAGAGCCAAGCCUCCUGCCAGCUUCACCUGGUUCAGGAACAGCAAACAUGGAGCCAUUAAUGUCUCUGUGGGGCAGGUUUACAGCUUCAAUGCUACUGAGGGAGGAGAGUAUUACUGUGUGGCUACAAAUGAUCUGGGGGAUGAUGCAUCAUCAACAGUCUGUGCUAGCAUCAAAGAUUCUCCUUGGAGUCCCAGCAUUAACAUCCCUGCUGAUCUGAAGGAACAUCAAUGCUCCUAA